CCACCUAGUGCCAAAGAAAGGCAGCACAGUCAAUGUGGUCACAUGACUCUGUUGUCACCUGAUUAUCCACCCAGUGUUUGUAGUUGGAAGCAGAGGUCUGUUGUGAGCAUAAAUAUUGAAAUUUCACACACUCUUCUGUUUAUGCAGUUGCGUAAAACGUCUAUUCUACAUAUUUAUGCCAGAUUUAGACGCAUGCGGAGAGAGGAAUUACGAUGGUGAGUCUUUAAUGGGUGGAAGCUAAUGAUAGCGAGCGAGCUAGCGAGCUAGUGUUAGCCAUGUCGUCUUAGAAUUGUAGCUUGGUGAGUCUUUUUUUUUAGAAACUCAUUUACUUGGAUUGGAAAAGGGCACAUUCAACAAUGGCUUCAAUUAUCGAGGACUUUGAGGACUCGCAAAAUACCAGGCACGGUGCUCAGCAGCAUAGCCACAUGUCACGUGCCAAGAUCGGGCUAUCACAUUCAGGCUUUGUGAAUGUGAGACUUGAGGAGGAGAAGCCGAUAUUCAACAAGCAGAGGAUUGAUUUUACACCGCCUGAGAAGAUAAACCACCUUGCAGUCUGCAACAAUCAGCUCUGCAUGAGUCUGGGAAAGGACACUCUGCUAAGGAUUGACCUGGCCAAGCCAGAUCAGCCUAAUCAGAUUGAAUUAGGAAGGAAAGACAGUAAAGUGCACAAACUGUUCCUGGACCCCACUGGCUCCCACCUGCUGAUAAGCCUGAGCACCAGUGAGUGUCUUUACCUCAACAGGAACACCCAGAAGGUGCGUAGUCUGUCCCGCUGGAGAGGCCACCUCAUCGAGAGCAUAGGCUGGAACAAGCUGCUGGGCAGUGAGACCAGUACGGGACCCAUACUGGUUGGCACCAGUCAAGGCAUCAUCUUUGAGGCUGAGAUCUCUGCAAAUGAGGGCAGCCUGUUCAACACCAACCCAGAUCAGUAUUUCAGACAGGUCCACUCCCUGGAAGAGGAUGGCGAGCCAGCACCAGUCUGCUGCCUGGAGGUGGAGCGUCCCCUCCUGGAGAACAAGUGCUUCAUCAUCGCCACCACGCGCAAACGCCUGUUCCAGUUUGUGGGUAAGAUGGCUGAGGGUUCAGAGCAACAAGGUUUCAGCUCCAUCUUCAACCAGAACCAGGACCUGCUGCCCAGUUUCCAGGAGUUUCCAGCCAACAUGGGUUACAGCGAGAUCACCUUUUACACUUCGAAACUGCGAACCUCCCCGAAGGCGUUUGCUUGGAUGAUGGGUAAUGGAGUUCUUUAUGGUCAGCUGGAUUAUGUCAGGCCUGAUUCCUUGCUGAGUGAUGUGCAGGUCUGGGAGUACACCCCAGACAUCGAUAUUAGUCUCAAGAAACCAAUCUCCAUUGUGCUGACACAGUUCCACUUCCUGCUCUUGCUCCAUGACCGAGUUAAGGCCAUCUGCACUCUGAAUGGACAGGUGGUAUAUGAGGAUGUGUUCCCAGAUAAAUUUGGCACCCUUAAGAAGAUGACCAAGGACCCAGUUGGUGGGUUGGUGUGGAUCUACACUGAGCGGGCAGUUUUUCGGUACCACAUCCAGCGUGAGGCCAGGGACGUCUGGCAGAUGUACAUGAACAUGAAUAAAUUUGAUCUGGCCAAGGAGUACUGCCGUGACCGGCCUGAGUGCAUGGACAUGGUGCUGGCCAAGGAGGCUGAGCACUGCUUCCAGAAUAAGCAGUACCUGGAGAGUGCCAAGUGCUAUGCAAUGACACAGAACUAUUUUGAAGAGAUAGCACUCAAGUUCAUUGAAGCAAAACAAGAAGAAGCCCUGAAAGCGUUCUUACGGAAGAAACUAAAUAAUUUGAAACAGGGUGAAAGAACACAGAUGACUUUGCUGGUCACCUGGCUAGCAGAGCUCUACUUGAACCGCCUUGGCCAGCUGGAGAGCAAUGGUAACAACACUGUCUUUCAGGAGGCCCGUAAUGAGUUCAGAAACUUCCUUGGCAGUUCCAAGCACAAGGAAUGCCUCUUCAACAACCGCAGCACUAUCUACGACCUGUUGGCCAGCCACGGCAAUGUGGAGGACAUGGUCUACUUCUCAGUUGUCAUGCAGGACUAUGAGAGAGUGAUAUCCCAUCACUGCCAACACGACGACUACAGCGCCGCUCUGGAUGUGCUCUCCAAGCACUGCGAUCAAAAGCUUUUUUACAAGUUCUCCCCGGUCCUGAUGCAGCAUAUUCCCAAAAAAGUGGUAGAUGCGUGGAUUCAGAUGGGCAAGAGGCUGGACCCAAAGAAGCUCAUUCCAGCUCUAAUGAAUUACAGCCAGAUGGGCAGCACCCAGCAGAUCAGCGAAACCAUCCGCUACAUGGAGUUCUGUGUAUAUGAGCUCAGUGUGACAGAAGAGGCGAUCCAUAACUAUCUGUUGUCACUCUAUGCCAAGUAUAGGCCAGACUCUCUACUGUGGUAUCUGGAGCAGGCAGGUACACGCGCCUCAGAGAUCCACUAUGACAUGAAGUACGCUCUCAGGUUGUGUGCUGAACAUGGCUACCUCCGGGCCUGUGUCCUGAUUUACAGGAUUAUGGAACUGUAUGAGGAGGCAGUGGAUCUUGCUUUACAAGUAGACGUAGACUUGGCAAAGUCAUGUGCAGACCUGCCUGAGGAUGACGAGGAGCUGAGGAAGAAGCUUUGGCUGAAGAUUGCCCGUCAUGUGGUGCAGGAGGAGAAAGAUGUGAAGAAAGCCAUGAACUGUCUGUCCAGCUGUAACCUGCUCAAGAUUGAAGACAUCCUGCCCUUCUUCCCAGACUUUGUCACCAUUGACCAUUUUAAGGAGGCCAUCUGCAGCUCCCUGGAGGCAUACAACCAGCACAUUGAAGAGCUGAAGCAGGAAAUGGAGGAGGCUACAGAAAGUGCUAAACACAUCAGGGAAGACAUCCAAGAAAUGAGGAACAAAUAUGGUGUUGUGGAUUCCCAAGAAAAGUGUGCUUCUUGUGACUUUCCAUUGCUCAACAGACCCUUCUAUCUAUUUCUGUGUGGUCACAUGUUCCACUAUGACUGCCUGUUCCAGGAAGUGACUCCUCACCUGUCAUCCUACAAGCAGAGUUGUCUGGAGGACCUGCAGAAAAGGUUGGCUGCAACCACGCAAUCCUCAAAGUCCCGACACCGCUCAGUGCCCAAGGAUGAAGGAGACACUUCUAGCCUGGGAAAAGGCAAUGCAGGAGCAAGCCGCGAGCAGAUAAAAUCAGACAUUGAUGACAUCAUUGCGUCUGAGUGCGUGUACUGUGGCGAACUGAUGAUCAAAUCUAUUGACAAGCCGUUUAUUGAUCCACAGAAAUUUGAAGAGGAGAAAUCUAGCUGGCUAUGAAUGAGGCCUCCUCUUCUCUCAAUGUGGAAAAACAGACAUAUGACAGCUCACCAUUAGUAUAGUAAUGAAACUGCAUCUCAAAUGGGACAAACCCAUUCAGUGUUUAUAGUGGCUACUGCUGAAAACUCAGCUUCAGUUGUUCUCUACAGAAUACACUUUUUUUUUUCCUUGGUAGUAUUUGAAGCAACUUUAAAGUUCUUUGCAUUUUGAAUGGGAGGUUUUAGUGAAAGGGGUGCAUGAGGUUAUAUUGUGGUUAAUGCUUUGAUACGAUCCAGUGAUGUAACAUAUCUACAACGGUGUACAGUGCAUAUAGUGUGCUUAAACCUCUGAUUUUAUUGCUAGAAAAAGAUUGAGAAAGUGGAACUGUAAAUAACUGCAUUGUCCAUCUAUUAACUACAUUAGGUUCUGCACUUGUUGACUGAAAACAUAACUUCACCUUCACAAUACCUGUCUCCUUAGCUGAACUUCUUCAAUCCAAAGCUCUGUGUUCAUUUAACAGUUGACAUGAGGCAGAUAAACUAUUAUUUUAUAUAUUCACUGUUUUGCAAUUCAUUUGUGGCACAUUAAAGCUUGUCAGCACA